AUGACUGACAUUACCGCUCAUCAUGCCGUCGCUUCGACACUUGGUGAGCAAGUCGCAUCCUGGGAAGCCAGAGUCAAAGACGCCCGUCGCAAAGGCGAUCCUUGCCAGACAACCGCUAUAGCUGCUGCAGCUGCAGAUGCGAUAGAGCAUCAAGUCAAAGUGCUCGCAAACCCCACCCAAGACGAGACUCGGGCUUUGAAAGCCGUCCAACGCUUCACUUACAAUGCUUCGGCAGACGCCUGGCCCGGAUGGCAACAGGUUGAAGAUGGCAGCCUCGAUAGGCCAACCCUGGUCGCGGCGAAGCGGCUCGCAAUCCACUCUGCAGAGCUGGUCGAUACACUGCAGCUUGGUGCCGUCCACCAGGGCACAGGCGCUUGGCUGGUGGCGGCCUUUGACCUGGCCCUGGGCAGACUCGAAGAUGCGCUGGCGGGAUUCUCCAUCUCUACUCAACGAUACCGGGCUGCCAACGCACCCGGCCUGGUGUUGUUGGCACAAGGCUAUUCUGCAAUCGCCAAGGGUCUCCUCAACCAGCAUUCCCGAGAAGCGAUUACAAAGGAUCUGGGGGCUAUCUUUGCUCAGAUUUCUUCUGGUGGGUAUGAAGACGGAACAGAGUGGAUUCAGCAACUUGAAACCGCUUUGGGUGUUUUCAGUCUCCACGUUGACUAA